GCUCACUUCAGAGAUCGAGGUGACAGUGUGGCUGUCAUUCUGACCAAAACAAAAUAUUACUGCGUGUUGUUUUUUCGGCGUGUCGCCGAACAUCGUGCAAGUGCUUUAUUUGCGAUUAAAAUGACGAAAAAGAAGCCUUUAGGAGUUGGUUUGAGCCGCGACGAGCGUAUGCUGAUUGUGGUGGGUGAAAUCAUACAGGAGCUGCUGAAAGCACACCACGAAGGCAAGGAUGUAAAUUUGAACCGGCUUAAAACGCGCAUCUCUUCGAAUUAUGGGUUGGAAUCGGCACCGCGCCUGGUGGACAUUAUAGCGGCCGUUCCACACGAGGCCAAAUCGAUCCUGCUGCCGAAGCUACGGGCGAAACCAAUCCGUACGGCUAGUGGUAUUGCAGUUGUUGCUGUUAUGUGCAAACCGCACCGUUGUCCACACAUCAACAUGACCGGUAACAUUUGCGUGUACUGUCCCGGUGGGCCGGACAGUGACUUCGAGUAUUCCACCCAAAGCUACACCGGUUACGAACCAACGUCGAUGCGUGCAAUCCGCGCCCGGUAUCAUCCCUUCCUGCAGACGCGUCACCGUGUGGAGCAGUUGAAGCAGCUGGGCCACUCGGUCGAUAAGGUGGAAUUCAUCGUGAUGGGUGGAACGUUCAUGUGUCUGCCGGAAGACUAUCGUGACUUUUUCAUCCGCAACCUACACGACGCGCUGUCCGGCCACACGAGCUCGAGCGUUGCGGAAGCGGUGAAGUAUUCGGAAAAAUCUCACACCAAGUGUAUUGGAAUAACGAUCGAAACGCGACCGGAUUACUGUUUGAAGCGACAUCUCUCCGAUUUGCUAUCGUACGGCUGUACCCGGCUCGAGAUUGGUGUGCAGUCAGUGUACGAAGAUGUGGCGCGAGAUACGAACCGUGGUCACACGGUAAAGGCAACGUGCGAAAGCUUCCAGAUGUCGAAGGACGCGGGGUUUAAGGUGGUAUCGCACAUGAUGCCCGACCUGCCGAACGUUGACAUCGAGCGUGAUAUAGAUCAGUUUGUAGAAUUUUUCGAAAACCCCGAUUUUCGUGCCGAUGGGUUGAAAAUCUAUCCGACGCUCGUUAUUCGCGGCACGGGAUUGUACGAGCUGUGGAAGACGGGUCGUUACAAGAGCUAUCCACCUUCAACGUUGGUUGAUCUGGUGGCGAAAAUAUUGGCCCUGGUGCCACCGUGGACGCGUGUCUAUCGUGUGCAGCGCGAUAUUCCGAUGCCACUCGUUACGUCCGGUGUGGAGCACGGUAAUCUUCGUGAGCUGGCGCUGGCACGCAUGAAGGACCUCGGUACGGACUGUAGGGAUGUGCGUACACGGGAAGUUGGUAUACAGGAAAUCCAUAACAAGGUGCGACCGGAUCAGGUGGAGCUGAUCAGGCGCGAUUACGUCGCAAACGGUGGCUGGGAAACGUUCCUGUCGUACGAAGAUCCGAAGCAGGACAUACUGGUCGGCUUGUUGCGGUUGCGCAAGUGCUCACCGGACACCUUCCGACCGGAACUGAUCGAUAACUGUUCGAUUGUACGGGAGUUGCACGUUUACGGUUCGGUAGUACCGGUUAACGCACGUGAUCCGACCAAAUUCCAACAUCAAGGGUUCGGAAUGUUGCUGAUGGAGGAAGCGGAACGUAUAGCGCGGGAAGAGCAUGGCAGCCGGAAGCUGGCAGUUAUUUCCGGUGUUGGUACGAGGAACUACUACCGCAAGAUCGGCUAUGAGCUGGAUGGACCGUACAUGUCUAAGAUGUUGUAAGGAGCCGGAAGAAAUUAAGGAAAACGAAUCGGAAGGAAUAAAAACCGCUUAAAUUCAAAAAUAAUUCACAAUUUAA